AUGUCUCUCAAACGAAAGACAAGCCUUGGAGACAUCUUCCAGUCUCAAACCAUAAAGUUCAUCAUCGGCGAGGCAGGAGUGGCAUGCUACAUUCAUGAGACCGCCAUCGCAAAUCUCUCCGACUCUCUCCAAGCACUUUUCAGAAGCAAGAAAAAUGAGUCCACCGAGGGAAGUGUGGUGUGGAAGCAUCUUGAGAUGGACACCUUUACCAUGUUCAUGGAAUACGCUUAUACUCAGGAUUUUACAAUCAUCGAUCCUGACCAAAGGGAGGAUAUUUCUAAGAUGUCGCUCAUGACUUUCAUCUCAAUGAGAGCCCCGGACGUGGCAAUCAAAUAUGCCAAUGAUUACUUUGACAAGGUAGACGACACUCGAGAAUCUAUCCAACAUUCUUUCGAAUACUACAUGUCGAUUGCCCGCCUCUACAACCUAGCGAACCAGUGUGAUCUUUCAGAGCUCAUGGACCUCUGCAUCGAGAAAGUUCGACUUAGCUUGGCCAAUAGUACGUUCGACAAAAAUGAUGCCUGCUCUGUUUGGAUGCUCUUGGAGUCCAUCUGGCCAAGAACCAACAUCGAGGACAAGUUCAGAGAGGUGCUCCUUCGAUUUAUCUUGUUCGAUUUGCGAACUGCAAUGGAGUCGGCAGAAGCCGUUCGUGUUCUGAAGAAUACCCCCGAGAUAUCCACCGCUCUUCUGUUGAUGGCCCCGUACUCAUACUGGGUGGAACUGACCUCUCACUAUUGA